GGUAAAAACCCCAUUUGUAAUGAUGUUUGGGCAAAUGUACUCAUGUGAAGUCCACACUUAGCGCCUCCGGAGCUGACUUUCGUACUUCCAGUCAAAACCCUCUCUCUCCAACAUCAAAUCAAAUCAAAUCAAAUCAAAUUCUUCUUCCCUUUAUUUUUGCGGGGAAAAAAAAACAUAGAUAGUUGUUGAUUUCUGUCUCAAAAAUCAAAAAUCUUCAUCUUCUGGAAGAGUAAGAGAAUGAAUCCAGGCAUGAAUGAAGGAGUUUGGGACAGCGUUCUGGAGCUGACAAAAUCGGCUCAAGAGAAGAAAAGUGACUCAAUGCUCUGGGCGAUUCAACUCGGUUCUACCCUUAACUCAGCCGGCUUGACUCUGCCCUCUGUUGAACUCUCUCAUUUACUAAUUUCUCAUAUUUGUUGGAAUAACAAUAACCCUAUUGCUUGGAAGUUUCUUGAAAAGGCUUUAGCUCUCAACUUUGUUCCUCCUAUGCUUAUUCUUGCUUUGCUCUCCACUAGGGUGAUACCGAGUCGACGUGUGCAUCCGGCUGCCUAUCGACUCUAUCUGGAACUUCUCAAAAGACAUGGUUCUUCUUUUGCAUCUCAGCUACAUGAAUCAAACCACGAGAAAAUCUUGAAAGCCGUGGAUGAUGCUCUACAUCUCUCAGAUGUUUUUGGAAUUCAUGCUUCUGAUCCUGCUGUUAUUUCAGUACUAUUUGUGUUUUCAAAUGUCUGGCAGUUGAUUGAUGCAUCUUUGGAUGAUGAAGGUUUGCUUGAAUACACUCUGGAUAAGAGUUCUAGAUGGCUGACUGGGGUACAGGAUAUGGAAAUUGAUGAUCAUGGUCACUUUCUUGAGAACAGAAUAAAACCGCAAGAGGGGUUGCUAAAAAUGAAUACUUUGAUGGCUAUUGAGAUGAUAGUAGAAUCGUUGCAGAAUAAAGUCACAACACAGAUUCUUUUUUUGGUGCGUCAGAAUAUGCCCUCACAUUGGAGAGGAUUUUACCAACAUUUGCAAUUGCUUGCUUCAAGAUCUUUGGCCCUAAGGAAUUCCAAGCUCACAACACAAGAGAUCUUUGCACAGGUGGCAUCUGAUACAUGCAAACAUCUACAUUGGCAAAGCAAAACAAACCUGCAGCACCAGUUUCAUGCAGUAAUGGCCCCUGGAUGUUUUGUACCAUCUGCUGUCCAAUGUCAUGGUGCUAGUUGUUCUUCUCUGUGGCUCCCAAUUGAUCUGUUUCUAGAAGAUGCUAUGGAGGGAAUUUUAGUAACUCCAACAUGUGCCAUCGAUACGCUUACUGGUAUGUUGAAAUCACUCCAGGCACUUUACAGUACAACAUGGCAUGACACAUUCCUUGGCCUAUGGAUAGCAAUUUUACGUCUUGUUCAAAGGGAGAGGAAUCCUUGUGAGGGUCCUGUAGCUCGCCUUGACACGUGCUUGUGCAUGUUACUAUCCAUCACACCUCUUGUGCUUAUUAAUCUAACUGAGGAAGAAAAUAAGGAGUCUGAGUUUAGUCGAAAGGAGGAUAAACAGUCUUCUAGAGGUCGUCGCCAUGAGUUGGUAUCCAGUUUGCAGCAGUUAGGUGAAUAUGAGGGAUUGUUGACUCCUCCUUCAUCUGUUGCUCCCAUUGCAAACCAGGCUGCUAUAAAAGCUAUGAUGUAUCUUUCAGGCCUCAAUAUCAGCAGUGGAUACCUUGAUUCCGUCAGUGUCAGUGACGUACCAAUUAACUGUGCUGGAAAUAUGCGCCAUCUGAUUGUUGACGCUUGCAUUGCUAGAAAUUUAUUAGACAUCUCAGCAUAUGCCUGGCCUGGCUAUGUCAAUGCACGAGUCAACCAAAUUCCCCGUGUAUCUGGACAAGUUACUGGUUGGUCAUCAUUAAUGAAAGGUUCCCCUCUUACAUCUGCAAUGAUGAAUGUUCUGGUUUCCAGUCCCGCUUCAAGCUUAGCAGAGGUAGAGAAAAUAUAUGAGAUUGCAGUUGGUGGAUCAGACGAUGAGAAAAUAUGUGCUGCUACAGUUCUUUGUGGCUCCUCGGUAACCCGUGGUUGGAAUGUGCAGGAGCAUACAGUCCUAUUUAUUCUAAGGUUGCUGUCACCUCCGAUGCCAGUGGAUUAUUCUGGAACUGAGAGUCAUUUGAUUAGUUACGGACCGUUUCUGAAUGUUCUCCUUGUUGGAAUAGCAACAGUUGACAUUGUACAGAUUUUUUCACUCCAUGGUCUGGUUCCACAUCUUGCUGGAGCAUUGAUGCCCAUUUGUGAGGUUUUUGGCUCUUGUUCACCAAAGAUCUCAUGGAGUCUUACGACGGGAGAGGAAAUAAAUGCUCAUGCAGUGUUCUCUAAUGCAUUUACUCUUCUCUUGAAGUUGUGGAGUUUUGAUCAUACUCCUAUUGAGCAAACCAUGGGUGAUGUGCCAUCAGUGGCAUCUCAGCUAUGCCCAGAGUACCUUCUCUUAGUGAGGAACUCCCAGUUAGUAUCACUAGGCAAUGCAACAACAGAUCAAAGUAGAGGCUCUAGAUUUUCCAAGCUGCUAACUCUACCCUCUACUGAACCCAUAUUUAUGGAUUCUUUCCCCAAACUCAAAUGCUGGUAUAGACAGCAUCAGGCUUGCAUUGCUUCCCCACUUUCUGGUCUUAUGCCUGGAACCCCUGUCCAUCAAAUUGUUGAGGCUCUCUUGACUAUGCUCUUCAAGAAAAUGAAUAGAGGCACAACUUCUGGAAGUAGCAGUUCGUCUGGUUCAUCAAUGGAAGAGGCAGUUCUACGUCUGCAGCUACCUGCAUGGGAUAUUCUAGAAGCUCUUCCCUUUGUACUUGAUGCGGCUUUAACGGCAUGUGCCCAUGAUAAGUUGUCUCCACGUGACUUAGCCACAGGACUCAAGGAUCUUGCUGAUUUUCUUCCCGCUUCUUUGGCAAGCAUAUUGAGCUACUUCACAGCUGAAGUAACUAGAGGAGUCUGGAAGCCAGUAUCAAUGAAUGGAACUGAUUGGCCAAGCCCUGCGGCUAAUUUAUCCAUGGUUGAACAACAAAUACAUAAAGUUUUGGCUGCCACCGGCAUUGAUGUACCUAGUCUGGCUACAGUGGGUAACUCUACUCCUACACUUCCUCUACCAUUAGCUGCUCUGCUGAGCCUCACCAUAACUUACAAAAUUGAUAAAGCCAAUGAACGUUAUCUGAACUUGGUUGGUAGGGGAGUGGUUGUACUUGCAGCUUGCUGUCCUUGGCCCUGCAUGCCUAUUGUAGCAGCUCUCUGGGCUCAAAAGGCUAAGCGCUGGAGCGACUUCCUUAUAUUUUCAGCCUCACGCGCUGUCUUCAACCUGAACAAUGAUGCUGUCGUGCAGCUUCUGAGGAGCUGCUUUUCCUCUGUUCUCGGGUUCAAUGCUUCCCCUAGAUGUAAAAAUGGAGGUGUGGGUGCUCUCCUUGGCCAUGGCUUGGGUGCUCGUUACUCCAAUGGGAUGUCCCCUGUUGCCCCUGGUAUCUUCUACCUACGAGUGGCUCCAUUCAUCAGGAACUUCACUUUUGUGACAGAAGAAAUUCUCUCACUUCUGAUGAUGUCAGUGAAAGAUAUUGCGACUGGUGGUUUAUCCGUUGACACCAUAGGUAAAUUAAAGAAAAGCAAGUUUGGAAUGAGAUACAGACAGGUAUCUCUCACUUCGGCAAUGACACGUAUCAAGCUUGCAGCUUCAACUGGGGCUUCUUUUGUCUGGAUAUCUGGUGGGUUGAAUCUACUACAAGCUUUGCUUAAAGAGACCUUGCCCUCAUGGUUUAUAUCAACCCAGAGACCAGACUGUAGAGGAGAAUCAGGGAGCGUUGUUGCAACAUUAAGUGGUUAUGCACUGGCUUACUUUGCUGUGCUUUGUGGCCUAUUUGCCUGGCGCAUUGAUGCAGUAUCAUCAGCCUCGAAGUUGAGAUCCAGGGUCCUUGCUUCCCACCUUGAAUUUAUGGCUACUGCUCUUGAAGGGAAUAUCUCUCUUGGAUGCGAUUUGGCCACUUGGCGGGCUUAUGUUUCAGGUUUCUUGAGUUUGUUGGUAAGGUGCGUCCCUGCUUGGUUGCAGGAAAUUGACGUGCAUAUUUUGAAGAGCUUGAGCAAGGGUUUGAGGCAGUGGAAUGAAGAAGAAUUGGCUCUUGCCUUGGUGGGUGUUAGUGGCAUAAAUGCAAUGGGUGCUGCUGCUGAGUUGAUCAUUCAAAGUGCCCAAUAACUAUAGUUUAGCUUGAUCAGGUUAUCCUCAAGCUAAUCUGAUUGACUGAUAUACACAUGAUAGUCUUUUUAACAGGUUUUCCUUUUUUCCCCUUGUAAAGUCGUAGGAAAUGAAAUCAAUCGAGAACAAUGAUUCGAGUAUAUUACUUUUAUCUCCUGGCAGUGCAGGCAGCUUUGAUCAGGCAGAUUGUACAAAAACUUACAUGCACACUUCUAAUAUCAAGCGCCAUUGUUGCCUAA